AUGCAGGUGGCGCUCCACAACAAGGUGAAGACGUACAAUCUCACCGCCGGCAAGUCGCUGCCGGAAUGGCUGAGUGAGCGCAAGAAGAACAAGCGGCUCGCCGGUGGCCAGCACCGCAUUGAGCUCGUCCACGAUCUCGAGUUUCCGCACUUCGCCCGCACCGUCUUCCGCACCGCGAACGGAACGCACCUCUUUGCCGCAGGCGACUACCCCCCGCGGCUGAAGUGCUUCGACGUGAAUCAGCUGAGCAUGAAGUACAGCUUCAACGCCGACAUGCCGAUCCUUGGCGGCGUCUCGCUCUCGCCCGACUUCCGCAAGUUCGCGCUGCGCGGCGAGGGGCGCCAGAUCACUGUGCACCACUCCGCGGCCAUUGUGGAUCGCGUGCGGGUGCCGCACACGAUGCGCUGCCUCGCGUACCAUCCGUACACCGCCGAGCUGCUGUCGAGUGGGACCUCGCAUGAGAUCUUCCGCCUCAGCCUCGAGACUGGCGGCUUCGUCGAGAGCUAUAAGACGCAGUGCGCGGAGGGUGUCAAUCACGUGGAGGUGUUCAAGAAUCACGGCCUGGUGUUGUGCGCCGGUGUGGACGGCGUGGUGGAGGCGUGGGACAGUCGCGCAGCAACGUGUGCAGCACGCCUAAGAGCUGUUGGGCCAGGUGCCUCCUCUGGUAUUGAUGAGACGUGCGAGCUGCGCCAUAUUGCUGCCGAUGACGAGACGGGGCUGCUGUUUAGCUGCGGUACGGAGUCAGGGCACGUGCUGCUGUACGACCUUCGGCUUCAGAAGCCGCUCAUUGUGAAGGACCACAUGAACUCACUCCCGAUUGUAAAGACGUACUUCUUCCAAGGUCGAAGCACCUCCACCGGGGAGGCGACGCACGUGCUCUCUGCUGACACCCGCUCGCUGAAGGUGUGGAGUAAGAAGGACGGCAGUAACUUCACCAGCAUCGAGGCCCCUGCAGACAUCACCGACUUCUGCGUGCUGCGCAGCCAGCACAACAUGGUCGAGCCGUACGAGUGCAGUGAUAGCGGUGUGGUGUGCAUCUGCUGCGACGCGCCGCGGGUGCAAGUGCACUUCAUCCCACAGCUCGGCGUGGCGCCUCGGUGGGCGUCGUUCCUCGAGGUGCUGACGGAGGAGCUGGAGGAGAAGGAGAUGACGACGGUGUACGACGACUACACGUUCGUGUCGAAGGAGGAGAUGGAUGCACUCGGCAUGACUGCGGAGGACCUCGCGGGUGGGAAGGUGCGCCCCGUCAUGCACGGUGCCUUCAUCGAGAACGGUCUGCAUCGCGAGCUGAAGGCCGUCGUCGACCCCGGCGCCUUCAACCGUUAUGUGCAGGAGAACGCGAAGCGCAAGACGCAGCAGCGCUGGGAGAACCGCAUCAGUAAGUUCAAGCGCGUUGCCAACGACGACGCCGACGACGCUGAUGACGCUCCUGCUGCUGCUGCUGCCGAUGCGGCGGCGGGGGGAACGGGCGCGAAGAGCCAAGUGCUGGCAGCGGCGAAGGCGGACCCGCGAUUCCAAAAGGCGUUCAACGGCAGCAGCGCCGCGUCUUUUGCGCUGGACCCGUCCAACCCGGAGUACGCCAAGUUGCUGCAGGUCAUCAACGAGCGCCGCGCACAAGCAAGUCAGCGGCGCCAGCGGUACGAGUCCGAGCUCUUCUCCAUCGUCCCCGACGCCGAGAGCAACGACGGCAGCGUUGACAAUGAAGACAGGCACAACGGCCACAGCAGCAGUAACAACAACGAUGACGAUGACGCGCGGAGGCAUCUGAAUGGGGUGCAGAGUAGCGGCAAGCAGCAGCAGCAGCGGCGGCGGCGGCAGCGCGCGCAAGAGGACGAGGCUGAGGCGGCGGACGGCAGCCAACGGAAAACAAACAAACAAAACAACANACCACCAGCAGCAGCAGGGGCAGGGGCAGCGGCAGGUCGCGUUUUAUGA